GAGCGAAUUUUGCCGUUAAACAUAGCCGGUUAGUUACGCGUUCUCAAUGUUCCAUGAUCAGAUUAUGUGAGAAGUGAAACUAUUUUAUGUACAUUUAGAUGUGUUUUAAGUGAAAAAUUUUAUAUAUUAAAUAUUCCCAAAAGUGUAUUAUAUAUAUUUGAAGUAAAAUGGCUGAUCGGAGGAAGAAAUAUAAACAGAAAGGUGAUAAUUUUGGUGACUUAGAAUUAAGUCGCAUCAGUCGUGUUGAAAAACAAGAUCAACGAAGGAAAGAAAUUCGUUCUCAAAAUUUUUCACGACUCAGACCUUUGGAGGAAAUUACACAAUCACAGACUCCUGGAAAAUCAGACUCUCAAAUAACACGAAACGAAAAACUUGAAAAAUGGAAGAAGCAAAAGGAAUUAAAGAAAAAAACUGAGAAAAAAGUAGUGAAAAAGCCACCCUUUAAAGUGGGAAUCGUUCAUCAUAAAAUAUAUUCUCCACCAACUUAUAACUCUGCCCUUCCAAGUUGUUCUCACUGGAAUACAAAUUCUCAGCCAAAAUCCAAAAUUCCACAGACAAAUACCAAAAUUCCACAGACAAAUACCACAUCAAUAAAAAGAAUUACUCGCGUCACAGAAAAACGUCUUGCGGCAAAAGCUGCAAAAACAGCUGCUGAGGCAGCAAAAAAUUCAUUUGCCCCUCCAAAUUAUAAAUUUAAACCACCACCGGGCUUAGCCAAUAUUCCCAUAUUUGGACGCGUGAGAAAAGGAAGCAUGGAUGUGUCUACAUUAUCCUGGAUUGAGAAAAAAGCAUCAAUUAAACCUGCAGUCAGUACUUAUACGCCAAUUCAACGAAAAAAAUCAAAGUCACUUUCUCAUGAUUCACCGCAAAAAAAUAAAAAACUAAAAAUUAGUUUCAGCGACCAAGUUAAAAAUUCACCUAAAAAAACGAGACUUUCAAAAUCUCGUGAAAAAUUAAAUUCUAAUUCGUCUAAUUCAUCAUCGUUACCAACAUCUUGUGAUGAUGCAGAAGUUUUCGAUUCCGAAAUUGAAGAUCCAGUCGAAGAAGAAAUGGAAAAUUCACCUGCAUUUACAAAUAUUGUAGAACCAUUAGAAACGAGUAUUUCUCCAAUUAAAUCAAGUGAAUCAUUCACUAAAUCUCCAUCAAAUAAAUCACAAAUUGAAUUAGAACAAGAGUCAGUUAAUUAUUCCCUGAAAUUGCAGGUAUCAGAUUUAUCAGAUCAUCAUAAUAAUAGUUUAAGCAAAAAUGAAUUAAAUAAUCGUUCAUUACAAAAGCAGGCCAAAAAUUUAGAAUCAGUUAAUGAGGUAAAUAAUUUUAAACCAAUUGAACAAUAUAAUUCACAAGAUUAUUCAUUAAAAUUACAGUCGACAGAAUUAUCAAAUCUGAAUAAUUCUAAAGCAAAUGAACAAGAAUUGGAGAAAAUAAUAAAUUUAUCAUCGGAACUUUCUGACAAAUCAUUUAAUGAUACACAAAAUGUGGCAAUUUAUUCGCCAUAUGUUGUCACAAGACGUGGAAAGAAGGAAGCAAGAAAAGAGCAACAACUUCGUCGAGGAUUUAAUCAUUCACUUGAAGAAAUUCCCACCAAGGAAACAGUUAUGCAAAAUUUGAAUAUAUCCAUUGAUGAGGAAAAGAGGACAUCACAAUAUUUUAGAUGUCUUCUUGAAAGUGAAACAAAUCGACUCAGUGAACAGUGCAAUAGUUGGGAUGAGAUAAUUUUAAAUGAAAAUCCACCCGAAGAAGUAAAAGAAAUUAUCGAACAAGCUAUUGGACAAACGAGAUUAUUGUUGAGAAGUAAAUUCAUGCAAUUCGAUGGUCUUGUUCGUCAAUGUGAAGAAGGUCACGAGGGUCAUCUUGUAACGUGCAAAGAUCUACAAGGAUUUUGGGAUAUGAUGAAUGUGACUGUUAAAAAUUGUGAGGCACGUUUUGAAAAAGUCAAAGAAAUCAAGGAAAAUGGAUGGGUGGAAAAUGUGAAAAUAAUUCCAACUAAAAAGCGACUUCCAUUGAAGAAAAAAUCGCCUAAAAAGAAAUCACCAAAUAAAAAAGCACCAGUAAAAAGUAAUUUGCGCGCUAUGAUUUUGGCAGCAAGACAAAAGAAAAAGGAGAUAGAGGAAAAUUCAGAGGAAAAACCCAAUGAUGAGCAAGUGAUGGAAAUUUGGAAGAAUGUCGUGAAAGAAAGUCCAACGAAUGUGACAACAUCAACUCGUAGACUUUCAAUUGCACCUCAGCCAGCUUCCAAAGAGAGAAGAAUGAGUUUCCCACGUGCUGCAAUGAUGAUUAGUCAAAAGCGCAAAACACCAGAAAAUCUAAACAUAUUACCAAGUUUAAAGAGUCACGAGGAAGACGAAUUAUACACAGAAAUGGAAACAACUAGCGUUCAAGUUCACUUGGAUGAAUCGAUAAGUUACAUUAAUUCCAGACAAACACCCGGAAAGAGUAUUUUAAAACGUAUAAAAAUUGAAACUUAUGAAGCGGACGAUUCACGUUUAUUAAGAUCCACGCAAAAGGUGAAUUUUAACGAUAACGUUGAAUUGAAUGAAGUCGAAGUUGAUGAAGAAACGCAAAAUAAACAGAGUUUGGCUGCAAGUUUAGCCAGAAUCGAUAGUAUGAACUUCGAAGAUGAAUUUGUGCCAGAGGUGCAGAUUCAUGCUGAGAAAAAAUUGAAUUUCGAAGAUAUGAGCUUCAAUGAAAAUCCCAUUUCAGAUAAUGUCUUUGAGGAAACUAAAUCUAAUAAAGAGAAAACACCGGAUAUUAAUAUUAUUGCUCCAACACCAAAAUCAAAAAGAUUAUCCGAUGCUGAAAUAAUUGAAGAGAAUACAAGAAAAUUAAGAAGCAGAAAACCAAUUUUAGAUUCACAGAAUAGUAUCGAAAAAGUUAAAAACAAAGCAGUGACACCAAAAUCACCGAAAGAAAUUAAAAAGAGAAAAUUAAAUUCCACUUUAGAUGAUUCACUUGUCGAUAAAAUUAAAGAAAAGAAAACACCAAAAUCGCCGAGAUUAAUUAACAAGAGCAAAUUGAAUUCUGAUUUAGAGAAUUUACAUAUCGAUGAGACUAAAGAAAAUAAAUAUACACCAAAAUCGCCAAGAUUAAUUAACAAGAGUAAAUUAAAUGCCAAUUUAGAGAAUUUGAAUAUCGACGAGGCUAAAGAAAAGAUGACACGUAAAUCGCCAAGAAUAAUUAACAAAAGCAAAUUGAAUUCUGAUUUCGAGACUUCACUUGUCGAUGAAAUUAAAGAGAAAAAAACACCUAAAUCACCAAGAUCGAAUAAAAAGAUUAAAUUCAAUUCUGAUUUAGAGAAUUCACUUAUCGAUGAAAUUAAAGAGAAAAAAACACCCAUGUCACCAAGAUCUAUUAAAAAGAGUAAAUUCAAUUCCAGUGUAAAUCCUUCAAUCAUUGAACAGUCUCAUGAUGAUGUAAUUGAGGAUGAAGAUUUAUUCAGAAGGUCUCUAAGGAAUCGUACCAUAAUUGGUAAUUUAACUCCAAAAUCACAAAAAAAAUUAAAUAAAGAAAAUUCAGUUCCGGAUAAACUUGAAAAAUCACCUCAUGUAAAUGAUAACAAUUUUGAGUUGAAUAGCGAGAUUUCAAGUCAAUCGCCACUUGAUAGGGAAAAUAUUGUAAGGACUUCGAAAAGAAUUCUCCGAUCUCCUAUAUUGAAAUUAACAUCAUUUAAAAAGAGAAAGUCAAUUUUAACACCACGUCAACAACAAGUUACCGAAAAUGAAUCAGUACUUCAAGCAGAAGAAGAAUCAACAAGAAAAACGCCAAGGAAUAUGGGAAAAACUAAAGAAUUUGAUAAAAAAGUCACACCAAAAGUGAAAAAUGAAUUAGAAAGUCCAAUCGAAAAGUUUGUGAAACUAGCAAAAACUUUACAAAAAUUAGUCAAAACUCCAAUAAAUGCAUCAAAGAAAGCUAAAGUAUUAAGCGAUGAAACAGAGAACAUGGAAGUGGAUUUUGAAACUGAAUUAAAUCAACCUCUAAGCAGAAAAGGCAAAAAACUGAGAAAAACACCAAAAGCCGGUCAAAGAGAACAUGAUAGAGAAAAUCAGGAGGAGGAUUCUCCUUUCAAAAGGGAAUCUCUACAUUUAUCUUUGGUAAAAAGAAAUAAUUCCGAAACCAAAAAUCUUAGGAGAAGUUUAAAAAUUCCUGCAAAUGAAAUGCAUAGCGAGAAAGAAAACACUUCGCCGGGAAUAUUUAAACGUAAAUCAUUAAUCAGCAGUCCAAAGCCAAUUGAAACACCCAGUAAACGAAAAUCAAUUAAAAGAAGCAUGAGUUGUCAUGUUGCGGAAUGCCAAGUUGAUUUUACAACAACGCCCAAAUUACAACGUUGCAAUUCAAGCAGAAUAUCAAAAACACCUAGCAAUCGGCGUAGUAUUAAUCCAACGACCAGUGCAUCGCCUUAAAAUUAAGUCAUUUUUCAUGUGUACAUGUUUUUAUUUUAUUAAUUGAAUUUUUAUAUUUUUAUUAUUAUUAUUAAAGAUACAGGCCAAUUUUAUAACCUAAUGGUCACAAUCAAAAUAUAAUAAUAUUUAUUACAAUAAGUAUACCACUAUUUGCAUUAAAUGUAUGAACUCUUUUUAUAUAAAAAACAAUUUUUAAUACAGUGAUCGGAAUCACGGUAUAGAACUUAAUAAGUUUUUUUUACAAUUUAUUUUUAUAAAA